GACUGAUAAUGACUGACAAAAGAACACGUGAGGACUCAGCAACUGGUUCAAUUGGGGCUCAGGAAUCAGUAUCAGUUACUCCAGUCGAAAAUGAACCCUCCAAGAAGCGACGUCGUCGGAUUCUCUCUUGUGACGCCUGCCGCCGACUAAAAUGCAGAUGCGAGCUGGACUUUGGCUCCGACACUUGCUCAAGAUGUCGAAACUUGAGAAUACCCUGCCUUAGAAGCGAUAGUUUGGAUCAGUCAUAUGGAACACAAGAAACGGCCCAUCAGCAAGAUCUUGUGAAAAGUUUACAUCAGAAGGUGCUCCACUUGGAAAGCUCUAUGCAAGAUAUAAGAGCCCAGCUAGUCAAGCUACAAUCAGGACGUGACUCAACGCAGCAAAGUGUCGUCGAGCAGAGUGCUUCUCCUCAAGCAUCAACAAACAGUCGUGUGUUGAUGGACGAGAUCGAGCCCGCGGAUCAACAUGUUCAUGCUGCUCCAGCUGAAGUUAUCCGGCGUGUCGCCUGCCAGGUGACUGGCGACUUGAGAAGAGCUUUCCACACAAAAGAGGAUGUUGUACGCAUGGGUAUGCUUAACGCCACAACUGCUGAGACCCUUGUCAAAUCCUUUAUUCGACGACGUCGCCACGUUCUUUUUAUAAAUGACGAGAGCGAUCUGGUAACCAGAGGUUCUUUGAUCCAAACAUCACCAUUUCUCCAUGCCGUAUUGUGCUCGCACGAGAUGAGGUUUACCCACACGAGCCAGACAGAUGCCUUGAAGCACAGGCAAGUCUACGAGCAUAUGCGAAACAUGCUUGGUCAGGUUGUGCUGGGUAGCCCUUUGCAUCUUGAGGAAAUUACCGGCGUUCUCAUUUGUUCUCUUUUCGCCGGGUCACCAUCGUGCGAGGCUGAAUAUGUCGAUAGCUGGCUUCUGAGUGGUAUUUGUUCACAGCAGGCGAUGCUAUGCAUUCAAUUUUCAGAUAUUCAUCAGCGAACCAAUGCUGGGACUUCCACAAAGCUGGACCUUCGAUCAAUGAGAAUCUGGGCAAACAUAUGCUUGAACCACCUGCACUGGUCAGCUACUACAGGCAGACCAUCCAUAUUACCUAGCUCGUACUUCAGCCAGUGCAGGAAUCUUCUCAAUUUCGAGCAGACCACAAUGCGCGAUGCGAUGCUGCUUGCUGAAAUUUCACUCUACUGUACACUCCAGAAAGAAGACUGCGUUAAGCCUACCUUCACAAAUGAUGGUUUCAGCUCCAAAUUUGCAAUUUGGAAGCAGCAAUAUGGAUACCUCCUUGAUCUACCUACAGGUCUUAUGCUGAAGUUCAGUUACUGUAUGCCAACGUCAUCCUAGCAAAACGAACUC